ACAAAACAUUCAUUGUUACUGCAGAGAAAACAAUUGUACGUUUGGAUACGUUACGCAUUCUUAAGAUUAAAAUUGUGAAACGAUAGUAAAAAUGUGGGAACCAAUUUUAGUGGAAGAUAGUACGUAUUUAAAUCUAGUGCCAUCGUUAAGAGGAAUUUUAAAGAGUUUGAAUGAAAAGUCUACACAUCAGGAUUAUAUGGUUGCUUUGAUGAUUGUAUUAUUAGCAGAAGCUGGUUUUUACCUCUCAUCGAUAAAUAGUAACUCUUCACGACGUCCAGAUCUAAAGUCUCUCCAGAUACCAAAAGAUUGGAAAUCACAAGAGACAGGGGUGUACGAAAUGUAUUUUCAUUUGGAGACUGUUCCUGAUAUAAAAUGUAAACUACUUGUAACUACUUUAGGAAAUACGUUGAUUUGUAACUUUUUUUCUCUUAUGGAUGGAAGAAAAACUUAUAAUUUAUCUGUACCAACAUUGAAGUAUGUUAAUCCAUUUGCAAGUGAUAUUUGUGCACGAUAUUUAAACCUCAAACUGAUAUCUCACAGGUUUAAAGACACGUUAUCCACUCCAGUGCGUUCUGAUGUAUUAAUCAAAGCUGGAGUGAUGGGUCCUAGUCUUCAAGCUCUGCCAACCGAGUUAAAGUUGAAAAUUUUAAGAUUGUUAGAUGCUUAUAGUUUAACAAGAAUGGCACAGUGUUGUUCCGAAUUCCGUGAACUUUGUUCGGAAUCACAAUUGUGGAAGGAUUUGCUUCAUAGGGACUUUCCAAAGUACUCUGUCACAGCAGCAAUGCCUAAAGAUUACUAUCGUUUUAGAUAUAACAAUAGGAAACGAAAUCAGAGAAGACUGCAGGAAAGUAGAAUUCGUACUACAAUGUUUUAA